UGGAAAAUCCCUUUCUGGGGCAACUGUAACUAGAAGCCAGUCUUUAAAUACUCGAACAACUCAGCUUACAAAAGUCCAGGGCCAAGUAUCUCAGGUUUUACUAUUUGGAAGCUAUAAGAAAAAAAGAUUAGGAGAAGACAGAUUUGAUCGUGUAAGUGGACAUGGCACAGAUAUCCAGCAACAACGGAUUUAAGCAAUGUUCAUCUUCACAUAUGGAACGCAGGAACAAAGAUGUGGACAAAGAAGAAGCGUUACAGAUGGAAGCGGAGGCUUUAGCAAAACUUCAAAAAGAUAGACGAGUGACAGAUAAUCAGAGAGGAUUUGAGUUGUUAAGCAGCACCAGACAAAAAGCACAAGUUCAUAACAAACAGGAUUAUGAUCUCAUGGUGUUUCCUGAAUCAGAUUCUCAAAAAACAGCAGUAGACAUUGAUGUUGAAAAGCUUACCCAAGCUGAACUUGAGAAACUAUUGCUAGAAGACAGUUUUGAGACUAGAAAAAUGCCUGUAUUGCCAGUUACUCCUGUUCUGAGCCCUUCAUUUUCCGCACAGUUCUGUGUUAGACCUACGAUUCAGGGAGGACAGUGGCCACCUGGAUUAUCUGGACCUUCUACUUAUACUUUACCUUCUAUUUAUCCCUCAAAUUAUAGUAAACAGGCUGCAUUCCAGAAUGGCUUCAAUCCAAGAAUGCCCACUUUUCCAUCUACAGAACCUAUAUAUUUAAGUCUUCCAGGACAGUGUCCAUAUUUUUCAUAUCCUUUGACUCCUGCCACACCGUUUUAUCCGCAAGGAAGCUUACCUAUAUAUCAUCCAGUAGUCAGUCCUGACAUGGCAAAACUAUUUGAUAAAAUAGCCAGUACAUCAGAAUUUUUAAAAAAUGGAAAAGCAAGGACUGAUUUGGAGAUAAAUUCAAAAGUUACAGUCAACAACCUACAGGUAUCUCCAAAGUCUGAAGAUAUCAGUAAAUUUGACUGGUUAGACUUGGAUCCUCUAAGUAAACCUAAGGUGGACAAUGUGGAUGUGUUGGAUCAUGAAGAAAAGAAAAAUGUUCCAGGUUUGUUAGCAGAGGAUCCUUGGGAUGCUGUUCUUCUUGAAGAGAGAUCACUAGCAAGUUGUCACCUCGAAAGAAAAGUAAAUGGAAAAUCCCUUUCUGGGGCAACUGUAACUAGAAGCCAGUCUUUAAAUACUCGAACAACUCAGCUUACAAAAGUCCAGGGCCAAGUAUCUCAGAAAGACUCAAGCGGGACCUGUAAUUUGCCAACUAGAAGUUCUCUUCUACAAGAUACUGAAGUACAGAACGAGGAGGUGGCAGCUUUUUGUCAAUCUGUUACAAAAUUGAGGACCAACUUUCCAUAUACCAAUCACCGCACAAAUCCAGGCUAUUUGUUAAGUCCAGUCACAGUGCAAAGAAAUGUAUGUGGAGAAAAUGCUAGUGUGAAGGUCUCCAUUGAAAUUGAAGGAUUCCAACUACCAGUUACUUUUACAUGUGAUGUGAGCUCUACUGUAGAAAUCAUUAUAAUGCAAGCCCUUUGCUGGGUACAUGAUGACUUGAAUCAAGUAGACGUUGGCAGCUAUGUUCUGAAAGUUUGUGGUCAAGAAGAAGUGCUGCAGAAUAACCAUUGCCUUGGAAGUCAUGAACAUAUUCAAAACUGUCGAAAAUGGGACACGGAGAUUAAACUACAACUCUUGACCUUCAAUGCUAUGUGCCAAAAUCUGGCCCGAACAGUAGAAGAUGAUGAAACACCUGUGGAUUUAAACAAAUACCUGCAUCAAAUAGAGAAACCUUAUAAAGAAGUCAUGACAAGACACCCUGUUGAAGAACUCUUAGAUUCUUAUCAUAACCAAGUGGAACUAGCUCUUCAAAUUGAAAACCAUCACCGAGCAGUAGAUCAAGUGGUUAAAACUGUAAGAAAAAUCUGUAGUGCUUUAGAUGGUGUAGAGACUGUUGCCAUUACAGAAUCAGUAAAGAAGCUAAAGAGAGCAGUCAACCUUCCAAGGAGCAAAAGUGUUGAUGUAACUUCACUGUCUGGAGGAGGAGAUAUUAGCAAGAGUUCAACUAGGGGCUCAUUGAAUCCUGAAAAUCCUCUUCAAGUAAGCAUGGACCAAUUAACUGCAGCAAUUUAUGAUCUUCUCAGACUCCAUGCAAAUUCUAGUAGGAGUCCUGCAGACUGUGCCCUAAGUAGCAAGAACAUCAAAGAAGCAUGGACCUCAACAGAACAGCUCCAGUUUACUAUUUUUGCUGCACAUGGAAUUUCAAGUAACUGGGUAUCAAAUUAUGAAAAAUACUACUUGAUAUGUUCCUUGUCUCACAAUGGAAAGGAUCUUUUUAAACCUAUUCAUUCCAAGAAGGUUGGCACUUAUAAGAAUUUCUUCUAUCUUAUUAAAUGGGAUGAACUAAUCAUUUUUCCCAUCCAGAUAUCACAAUUGCCAUUAGAAUCACUUCUUCAUCUUACUCUUUUUGGAAUUUUAAAUCAGAGCAGUGGAAGCUCCCCUGAUUCUAAUAAGCAGAGAAAGGGGCCAGAACCUUUGGGCAAAGUUUCUUUACCUCUUUUUGACUUUAAACGGUUUUUAACUUGUGGAACUAAGCUUCUGUAUCUGUGGACUUCGUCACAUACAAAUCCUAUUCCUGGAACAGUCCCUAUAAAAGGAUAUGUAAUGGAAAGAAUAGUGCUACAGGUUGAUUUUCCUUCUCCUACAUUUGAUAUCGUUUAUACAACUCCUCCAGUUGACAGAAACAUUAUACAGCAGCAAAACUUAGAAACAUUGGAGAGUGAUAUGAAAGAGAAACUUCUUGACAUUCUUCACAGAGAUUCAUCAUUUGGACUUUCUAAAGAAGAUAAAGCCUUUUUGUGGGAGAAACGUUAUUAUUGCUUCAAAUACCCAAAUUGUCUUCCUAAAAUACUAGCAAGUGCCCCAAACUGGAAAUGGGUUAAUCUUGCCAGAACUUACUCUUUGCUUCAACAGUGGCCUCAAUUGCACCCACUGACUGCACUGGAGCUUCUUGAUGCAAAAUUUGCUGAUCAGGAAGUGAGGUCUCUAGCUGUGACCUGGAUUGAAGCCAUUAGUGAUGAUGAACUAACAGAUCUUCUUCCACAGUUUGUGCAAGCUUUAAAAUAUGAAAUUUACUUGAACAGUUCAUUAGUGCACUUCCUUCUGUCCAGGGCACUGGGAAAUAUCCAGAUAGCACACAAUUUAUAUUGGCUCCUGAAAGAUGCCCUGCAUGAUACACAGUUUGGUGCCCAUUAUGAACAUAUUUUGGGUGCUCUCCUCUCAGUUGGAGGGAAAGGACUAAGAGAAGAGCUUUUGAAGCAGACAAGACUUGUACAGCUUUUAGGAGGAGUAGCAGAGAAAGUAAGGCAGGCUAGUGGAUCAGCCAGACAGGUUGUCCUCCAAAGGAGUAUGGAACGAGUACAGUCGUUUUUUCUAAGAAAUAAGUGCCGUCUCCCUCUCAAUCCAAGUCUUGUGGCAAAGGAAUUAAAUAUUAAGUCAUGUUCCUUUUUCAGUUCUAAUGCUGUUCCCUUAAAAGUCACAAUGGUAAAUGCUGAUCCUAUGGGAGAAGAAAUUAAUGUCAUGUUUAAGGUUGGUGAAGAUCUUCGACAAGAUAUGUUAGCUUUACAGAUGAUAAAGAUUAUGGAUAAAAUAUGGCUUAAAGAAGGACUGGAUCUGAGGAUGGUAAUUUUCAAAUGUCUUUCAACUGGCAGAGAUCGAGGCAUGGUGGAACUAGUUCCUGCUUCAGAUACCCUCAGGAAAAUUCAAGUGGAAUAUGGCGUGACGGGAUCCUUUAAAGAUAAACCACUUGCAGAGUGGCUAAGAAAAUACAAUCCCUCUGAAGAAGAAUAUGAAAAGGCUUCUGAGAAUUUUCUCUAUUCCUGUGCUGGAUGCUGUGUAGCUACCUAUGUUUUAGGCAUCUGUGAUCGACACAAUGACAAUAUAAUGCUUCGAAGCACUGGACACAUGUUUCACAUUGACUUUGGAAAAUUUUUGGGCCAUGCACAGAUGUUUGGUAGCUUCAAAAGGGAUCGGGCUCCUUUUGUGCUAACCUCUGAUAUGGCAUACGUCAUUAAUGGGGGUGAAAAGCCCACCAUUCGUUUCCAGUUGUUUGUGGACCUCUGCUGUCAGGCCUACAACCUGAUAAGAAAGCAAACAAACCUCUUUCUUAACCUGCUUUCACUGAUGAUUCCUUCAGGAUUACCAGAACUUACAAGUAUUCAAGACUUAAAGUAUGUUAGAGAUGCGCUUCAACCCCAAACUACAGAUGCAGAAGCUACAAUUUUCUUUACCAGGCUUAUUGAGUCAAGUUUAGGGAGCAUCGCCACAAAGUUUAACUUCUUCAUUCACAACCUUGCUCAGCUGCGUUUUUCUGGUCUUCCUUCUAAUGAUGAGCCCAUCCUGUCAUUUUCACCUAAAACAUACUCCUUCAGACAAGAUGGCCGAAUCAAGGAAGUCUCUGUUUUCACAUAUCAUAAGAAAUACAACCCAGAUAAACAUUAUAUUUAUGUAGUCCGAAUUUUGAGGGAAGGACAGUUGGAACCAUCAUUUGUCUUCCGAACAUUUGACGAGUUUCAGGAACUUCACAAUAAGCUCAGUAUUAUUUUUCCACUUUGGAAGUUACCAGGCUUUCCUAAUAGGAUGGUUCUAGGAAGAACACAUGUAAAAGAUGUAGCAGCCAAAAGGAAAAUUGAGUUAAACAGCUAUUUACAGAAUUUGAUGAGUGCUUCAUUGGAUGUAGCAGAGUGUGAUCUUGUUUGUACUUUUUUCCACCCUUUACUUCGUGAUGAGAAAGCUGAAGGAAUAGCUAAGUGUGCAGAUGCAGGACCCUUCAGUCCUACUCCAGGCCAGAUAGGAGGAGCAGUGAAAUUAUCUGUCUCUUACCGAAAUGGUACUCUUUUCAUCAUGGUGAUGCACAUCAAAGAUCUUGUUACUGAAGAUGGGGCUGACCCAAAUCCAUAUGUCAAAACAUACCUACUUCCAGAUACUCACAAAACAUCCAAACGGAAAACCAAAAUUUCACGAAAAACCAGGAAUCCAACGUUCAAUGAAAUGCUUGUGUACAGUGGAUACAGCAAAGAAACCCUAAAACAGAGAGAACUUCAACUAAGUGUACUCAGUGCAGAAUCUCUGCGGGAGAAUUUUUUCUUGGGUGGAAUAACCCUGCCACUGAAAGAUUUCAACUUGAGCAAAGAGACAAUUAAAUGGUACCAGUUGACUGCAGCAACCUAUUUGUAAACUAGUGAAUAUUUGAGCUUUGGAAGCAAGAAUAGUUAUUAUAGAUGUAGGCACAUAUGCACACACACAAACACUUGUGAACUUUGUAUAUAUUUUUAUACUUGGACAGAAGUUUUAAAGUUAAGGAUACUUGCUGCAUUUAAACACAUCUUUUGGACCAACAGUCACAAGACUAACUUUUAUGAAUAUGUAUAAGUCAUUAAGUAGAAUGAAUAUGCAGAAUGCAACAAUGAAUAUAUAUAGAGAGAACUACAAGUCCUAAACUUAAUGUGUAGUAAGUCCUAAAAAAGAUUUUGAGUUGGUGAAGGUUUUAAUCCUUUCUUGAGUAAUUCAGAGUAAUAGUUCUAGCUUCGUUUCAUAGCACUGUGUCUGUUCAGCCACCUCUUUUGUAUUGUUCCUUAUACGAACACAGCACAUUUGUUUUCCUGUUAUGCACCUUUUAUAGCCUUUACCACUGUGUAUGUUCAGAAAUGCCAAAGGAAAGAAAAGGUGUGGGAAGUUACCAUGAAAUGCAGCUGCUAUUCACAAGACUGAAAAGCAAAGCACAAAUAACAUACAGAUUUAUUAAGAACUACUAAAUAGUUAAUACAAGUAGGGAGAAAAAUAAUAUUGCUUUUUAUUAUUCAUAUCUUUAAAGCCUUUUUCAGAAUAAGUGCCAGUCACUGAAGUUGUAUAUAAUGGUGCCUUAACUUCAUAUACUUUUCUGGCACUUCAUAUCUGAUGUGUUUUCCUGACUCGAUAAAUAAUUAAUUAGUAAGUGGUUUUCACUCACUGUCAAUUUACUAAAGAGAAAAAAUUAUGGACAUUUACUAAAGUUUUUCCACAGAAAGACAAUUUCCUCUGCUUCUUUGUGACUUAGUUAUUUAAAUAUCAACCCAUUUGGUUUGUCUUUGUUAUACCAUAACUGAAUGAAAUUGAUCAGUGUAGCUAGCUAUUUGUAAACUAUUCCAUCAUUCCAAUAUAAUCCUACAUUCAUUCCUAGGGAUGAGUUGAAGUUUGGCAAUUUCACCUCCAUAUAUCUGUACGCCCUUCCCUCAUUAAACAAGUGAAAAUUAUUCACCCAUGUGUCCAUUCCCGUUUGCUGUAAGAACUCCCCAAGUAGGACAGAUUCUUCAUAACAGGCCCAGGACAGAAUUCUAGAGUCCACACUGAAUUUCAAUGUACUCCUUUACGGAGAAGUUUGUCUUGUAAACUGUCUUAGUUAAACUUGUAAACAUUGUACAUUCACAUGAAAAAUUAUUUUUCUUAACAAGAUUCAGAAUCAUAAAGUACAUGACUGAAAUUAUUCUACAGUAGCCAUUAAGAAUAAGAUUCAAUUUUAUUAGUUGCUCAUUCAACCUCACACAUAAUUUGUGUUCAGUUUGGAUAAAUACCUAUAUACAAUAUUUACUCACAUGGUUAGCAUAGAAAUUCAGACACUUUAAAUGGUAAUAGAGAUUGCCGUAAUCUAAUCGCUGUGAGAUAACUGUCAAAACAUGCAAUGAAGAAUACAAAGAGAGAAGAGACAAUUUCAUAUUCAUUUGUCCAGAACAGAAUUUUUAUGAACUGUGCAAAUGUUUAAUGUAAAUGGUGAUACCUGCAGAGCUGAAUAAGGAUACAUCAGUGGAAUAAGUUUAAAAAACAAAAACAAAACUUGAAAUUCUUGGUGCCUAACACUAAUGGUCCAUUUGUAGGAAAUUCCAUGAGAGUAUGAUAUAUGAAUGUCUUUUUUUUUAAACAUCAAAAUGUGUUGUCUAUUUAAAUAAGCUAAUUAAAAUGCAGAUCAAAGCACCACCAUUUAUUUGCUUUUUCCAUAUGCAGUUAACAUUUCCUUAAUAUGUAUAAGUAACAUUGCAAAUGUUAAGAAGUACUAGAUUGUUUCACUUGGUGUUUUGAAACCUAAUUCCAUUCCAUCAGUACAUUCAGUAGUUAUCAGCUACUGAAAAACAAAGUACUGUCUUGGUAAAAGUCAUUGUUAAUAGGCCUCAAUUUUUUUGCAGUUUGGUUUUUUGCAGUCUGUUAUAGCAGUGUCUUUUAACACAAAAAACUAGAAAAUGUAAUGUCAUUUUGCAAAUACAAGAAAUCUUGAUUCUAGAUAAGUAUAUAUUAUAGUUAAUAUUGCAGUUAACCACAGUUCAGAACAAGUGGUAAUGUUUUCUGUUAAUUUAACUCAUUGUUGCGCCUUCUUUGGUCAUUAAACACACACACACAUUUUACAUACAUUUUAAUAUAAGUUAUUUCUUUGUGAAAUGCUGAUCUUUAGCCCUUACCAAAAAAGAAAAAAAAUAAAAAGGACAAAGGGGCCUCUUUGCACUAGUACUCACUAUCAAUACAUUUAAAAAUCAGUAGGAAUUUUAAACUUUUUUUAAAGUUUGCAUUAAAGUAAAUCUGAAAACAAAAGUUUAAACAAACUGAGACACUAAUUUUUAUGUGUAAUCACAAUGUUUUAUAUGUAUCUUUACUGAGUAAAAAUAAUUAUGCCACCUGUAAGUCUGCACCAGAAGAAUUUCUUCCCUUUUGCCAGUCUUUUGGGAUUUAAAGAUAAUGGUUUACUCAAAGAACCUAUUAUUAUCUCUACUGAGGAACCCAAUGUAUAACUUGCACUGACGUUUUUAUUGCUGCCUUUAUGAGUCUCUAGUAUCUGAAUGUUGAGGCAUGUAUGAUCUUGAUAAAGUAUUCCUUUAUCUUUUUCAAAUUAGAGGUGUAUAAAAAUUUUAAUAUCUUGCCUUACAUUUAUUGACUGUUCUUUCUAAGAUACAAGUAUUGUGGCAUUUAGAGAAGAAAACAUUCAGUUUAGAUACUAAGACUUCAACACAAAUAGAUUGAAGCACGAUUAUCAUAAUCUUUAGAUUUACUUAUGUUAUUUGACUAGCAGUGCAAAUAUGAAUGAAUAUGGUAAUUAGUCUCAUCUAUAAAAACCAAAUACUUUAAUUAUAUUAAGGUAGUUUAUAAAGAUGUAUAAUUUUUUAUUAAUAUCUUGAAUAUAAUCCAUGGAUUGAAUGUGACUUUAUAACUGUACUCUGUAUUAAAAUAUCUCUGGAAUAAAGGAACUUUGC